CUUUGUAGAAAUAUUUUGAGGACUAACCUUUUAUCACGGGGACUAAACUUUCAGAUUUAUAAAUAAGGUCUUUAGGGGUGAAAAGUGGCAAAGCUGAUUACUCCAAAAUUACUGGAGAUAGUAAGGUCCACAGAAUGGCGACUCUGAAGAUGAUGAUGGCAUUCCUGUGCCUGUUGUUGACAAUUGUUAGUAGUAACAGGGUUACGGAAAACCCGAAACCGACGGCAUGGCCCGAGCAAUUCCACUCAGUGUUGGUGAUGAAUAACACAAAGACGAAAGAAUUGCAGGUGGUGGAUUUAUGGUACGAUUGGCCCAAUGGCCGCAAUUUGAACCUAAUUCAACACCAACUGGGCAAGCUUCUGUACGAUGUAGAGUGGAACAAUGGCUCCUCUUACUACUAUACACGCGGCGGCGGCGGUGGCGAUUCUGAAUGCCGUACCGUUCUCUUCGAGGUGGGAAUUCUAAGACCUAAUUGGCUGGAAGGAGCCACCUAUUUGGGGCAGCAACACAUUGAUGGCUUUCUCUGCAAUGUAUGGCAGAAGGUGGACUUCAUUUGGUACUAUGAGGAUGUUCUAACCCACAGGCCCGUCCAAUGGCUCUUCUAUACGGGCAGAGCCUUUCAUGUGAUGACCUUUGAGGUGGGUGCUGUGCUGGAGGACUCCGAGUGGCAGGCUCCGGCUUACUGCUUUAACAAAGAGGAGGAGCACCAAACUCUUCAACACCCACUCCAUUUCAUGAGAGAUUCGGUGCCACUGGCUCUCAUAUGAUCCUCCUUUAGUUUUACCUUUUAUUUCACUUGUGGACUUUUACUUUCUCUGGCAAUGCUUUUCAAUAAAAAAGAUUUACUAA